UUUCCUGAGUCUGCCCAAAGACAGGGAGAUACGGGGGACAGUGCGAGGGAGAGAGCGCCCUGGAGAAAGAGAGCGAAAGAGAGAGGGGGAGAGAGAGACAGACAGACACAGAGGGGGGAGGCUGGUUCCUGAUACCAAAACACGGAAAAGCAGGGGAGUGAAAGAGAGAGAAAAAAGGCUGUCUGAGACAGGGAGAGAGGGGGAGAAACCAGGGGAAUAACACUUAAAGAGACACAAAAAGCGUAGGUGAUGAAAGAAGAUAAUAGUAUGUUCUUCUGAACAUUCCCCUUUCUUUAUCUCUCACGCUGUCACAUCGGAUUGGACUCCAAAGAAUCGACACCGCGUCUAUCCCAGACCCCAUGGGUUAACAGACUGUUCAGGAGAGGCUAACAGGUCAGCUAACCCAAUGAACAGCAACAGGAAAGAGGACAUGGAGAUUUCGUCCCACUACCGGCAGCUCCUGCGUGAGCUCAACGAGCAGCGGCAGCAUGGCAUCCUGUGUGACGCCUGUGUCAUUGUGGAGGGGAAGAUCUUCAAGGCCCACAAGAACGUCCUCCUGGGCUCCUCGCGUUACUUCAAGACCCUCUACUGCCAGGUGAAGAAAGGGGCGGAGCCACAUCACCAAACAACCGUCACUCACCUGGACAUCGUCACAGCGACAGGCUUCAAAGCCAUCCUGGACUUCAUGUACUCGGCCCACCUGGCGCUGACCAGUAAAAACGUCAUUGAGGUGAUGUCAGCUGCCAGUUACCUACAGAUGACCGACAUCGUCCAGGCCUGCCACGGCUUCAUCAAGGCUGCGUUGGACAUCAGUAUCCGCUCCGAGCUGGCCGACGAACUGGCCGACUUCGAGAUGGGGGCUGUCGCAGCCGCUGGGAUAUGUGGGGGAGGUAUAGGAGGAGGUGGGGGAGGUAUUGGGGGAGCUAUAGGGGGAGAAAGAGGAGGAGGAGGGUUAGGAGGGGCGGCAUCAGAAGCCCUGGUGUCCAUCAUAUCAGGAGGAAGCUCCUCGCCAUGGCUGGAGAGGCGUACGAGUCCGGCCAACUCUUCUGGUGACUCAGCCAUCGCCAGCUGCCAUGAGGGUAGUGGCAGUACGUACGGUAAAGAGGACCAGGAGACACCCAAGAGCCAUGAGAGCCAGGAAGACGGUGGCCACGACUCCCAGCACGCCUGGCCACAAGACUACCGCCCCGUCACUGUGAAGGAAGAACAAGUCUCACCCUCCUCUACUUCUCACCCCCGGGAGAGGCUCAGAGUGGGUGCAGGGGCACAGGGGGUGCAGGGGGGAGGAGGGCUGGGGGGAGGAGGUGACGGGGCAUGGCAGCCCUCUGGGUCGGGGAGGAGGAAGAACAGGAAGAACAAGGACACAGUCAGACAUAUUACCCAGCAGACCGAGCUGGACAGAGACAGCAGGCCGGGCUCUCCACUGCCCCCCGUGAUGGGCGUGACUCGUUGGAGCUACAAUGGACAGGACAUCCCAGGUGCAGAUGUGACAGAGCCCAACAGCUCAGACAGUCGCGGAGAACGUCUCGACUUCUUCCUCAAACAGGAAGAAGCUCUGACAAUGGGCGAGGCCAACUUCCUGGGUGCCGGCGAAUCAGAUGGGGCAGGAGGUGGGACCGGGGGUGGGACUACACCUUCGGUAGCCAAUCUGAGGGCAGCAUUGAUGAGUAAAAACAGCCUGCUUUCGCUACGGGCUGAGAUGCUGGGGGACGAUAACCCUGUACUGUUUGAAUUCAUGCCCAAAGGAGGACACUCCCUUUCACUGAAUGACUUCACAGUGAUCCGUAAGAAGUUUAAGUGCCCCUACUGUAGUUUCUCUGCCAUGCACCAGUGUAUCCUGAAGAGGCACAUGCGUUCCCACACGGGCGAGAGGCCCUACCCCUGUGAGAUCUGUGGCAAGAAGUUCACCAGGAGAGAGCACAUGAAGAGACACACACUGGUCCACAGUAAAGAUAAGAAGUAUGUGUGUAAGGUCUGCAGCCGGGUCUUCAUGUCGGCAGCCAGCGUUGGAAUCAAACAUGGCUCCCGUCGCCAUGGUGUCUGUGUUGACUGUUCUGGACGGGGCAUGGACCACAACCGGGAAGCAGGCGGAGGCAUGUCGCCCGAAGAUGAGCUGUAUCCCAGCGACCACCGUUUCCACAACGACCAGGUGGAGUGCGAAGGCGACGGAGAGGGGGAGGAAGAGAUGAUGACGGAAGGGGAUGGAGAGAUGAUGGGAGAGGGGGAUGAGGAGGGAGGAAAGUGGAAGGAUGACUCAGGGAUGAUGACGGAGGGAGACGGAGCCAUGGAUAAUGACAAGGAGGAGAGCAACUCCUCUGCACCAGAGGGGGAGCAGCACAAUGGGAGCGAGAAGGAUUUCAGCUGGAUCUCUUAGGAUCAUUUGGAUCUAUUGUGGAUCUUAGGCAGACACAGCUCUCUUUAACCAUGUGUACAUGGGCCUUCCUCUGAGUGGGAUAUGUGGGCGUUACGCGACAAUGAUCUAAACCCUUGACAGAUGCCAUACACACACGCACCACACAUACACACACAAGCUGAGCCCUGUGCUGAUGAUAGGACUGCCAUGUUGGAAAGAGAACGAUUGAGAGAAAAAAAUAACGUUUUGUUUGUUUGUUUGUUUCUGAUGAGGACCAUAUCAGAGUCUGUCCAUUGGUUUAGAUGUUCACCUCCAUCACACUGGGACCAAUGAGGACUCAUUCAACAUCUUAGCCAAUUUUGAACCAUGACUGUUUAUGGUCACAGUUGCCAUGGAUACGAUGGAUCGUUAACAGUUUGGGAAAACACCAAGGUGGUGUCUUGUUGCCAUGCAGUCCUAUUUGGGGACAGUCUACACCUGGGGACAGUCUCUACUCAUUGUGGGGACAGUCUAUUCAUUUUGGGGACAGUCUGUAUUUAUUUGGGGGACAGACUCUAGACAUUUUGCGGACAGUCUAUUUAGUCGGGAGACAGUCUUUAUUUAUUUGGGGGACAUUCUCUAAUCAUUUUUGGGACAGUCUCUAUUCAUUUGGGGACAGUCUUUAUUCAUUUGGGGGACAGUAUUCAUUCAUUUGGGGGACAGUCUCAAUUAAUUUGGGGGAUAGUCUUUAUUCAUUUCGGGGACAGUCUCUAUUCGUUUAGGGGACAGUCUCUAUUCAUUUGGGAACAGUCUCUAUUCAUUUGAGGACAGUUUCUAUUCAUUUGGGGACAGUCUUUAUUAAUUUGGUGGACAGUAUUCAUUCUUUCGGGGGAUAGUGUUCAUUUGGGGACAGUCUAUUAAUUUGUGGGAAAGUCUCUAUUUAUUUGGGGGACAGUCUCUAUUCAUUUGGGGACAGUCUCUAUUCAUUUGGGGACAGUUUCUAUUAAUUUGAGGACGGUCUCGAUUCAUGUUUGAGACAAUCUUUUAUCUAUUGUAAAGUUGCACCCGUCAGGCAGCGGUUGGACCAUUGUCUCCUGCAGAGUGAAACUGCCACAGACUUGCACUUUAACGUCGACUAGACUCCUGUAAAUUCUCUCAACCCGUGGUUUACAUUUUCAAUCUGAUUUUACCUACACAACUCGGUGACCGCACCUACCUUUAAGGAUAUAUACUGUAUGUCCUCAUGACUGUUAUGAUAUAUAAAUAUAUGGAUAUUAUAAUACUUGUGCAAAGUUUGCUGAUUAUAAUAGCCUAUGCCCAGUGGAGGCUGGUGGGAGGAGCUAUAGGAGGACGGGCUCAUUGUAGUGGCUGGAAUUAAAUAACUGGAACGGAGUCCAACGUGUUUGAUAUCGUUCUAUUGAUUCCAUUCCAGCCAUUACAAUGAGUCCGUCCUCCUAUAGCUCCUCCCACCAGCCUUCACUGCUUAUGCCUUUCAAUUGGUUCUUUCGCCACUUAAGUUUACCAUGUGUUUCUGUUGAGCUGUGAUGAGAAUUACGAAAGGUUGAGCAUAUCUACAUACAAACAAGCCACAACAGUUAGUGUAUUCAGCAAGAGAGGGAGUUGGAGAGAGAAGGAGAGAAAGACGUAUGAGAGAGACAGAGAAGAAGAGCGUGAGAGUGAACACUAUGCAGGGACAUGUAAGUGUUCUUAAUUCUCUACUUUCAGAGAGAGGACACAGAUCGACAGGUAACCUAGCAGUUAAGAGCAUUAGGCACGUAACCAAAAGGUUGCUGGUUUGAAUCCCUCCUGAGCCGACGAGGUGAAAAAUCUGCUGAUGUGCCCUUGAGCAAGGCACGUAACCCUAAUUGCUCCUGUAAGUCGCUCUGGAUAAGAGUGUCUGCAUAAUGACAUAAAUGUAAAUCUUUACUUCAGAUAUUUCCUCUCAGAAUGAGCGAGAGAGAUAUAUUACAUACACAAUGAUGAUGGGUGAAAACACAAGCACACUAUGGACCUAUUCUACAUGGACAUUCCAUCGCUUUUUUCUUACCUUGAAUCUCAAGUUGUAUCUGUAGACAGCGGUUGUGUUUAGAAGUAGACUUUCUUCAAAACCUCUGUUGUUUUAUUAUAAGUUUUAUAUUUCACUAUAAAUACAGAAUAUGCACACUUUUACAUCUUAGUGAACCUUAAUGAAUGGUUAAUCUUUCUUUUUGGUGAUAAUGUUAAUUUCAGUUUGUAAAAUAAGUCAGGCUUCGGCUUAAGAUUCCACCCAGAGAGUGGCCUGUUCUGGUGAGUGCUUUUAUGAUGCUUUGUUUCGUUUCAAAAAGUUAUUUAUUAACAGACAUUUGUGGGAUUAUUGUACUACUGUAUAAAGACAUUCUCUCAGCUCCGUCUAACGCCUUCUGUAGUCACAGCGUGUGUGGAUGUGUGUGUUCGUGUGUGUGUGCAAGCGUGUGAGAUGUAUAUUGAUUUUCUUAAGAUGUUAAAACAUGUUUAUUAUGAUGAUCAGAACUAUGAUAUGAUGUUAUUAUUAUGAUGAUCAGAACUAUGAUAUGAUGUUAUUAUUAUGAUGAUCACAACUAUGAUAUGACGUUAAUAUUAUGAUGAUCACAACUAUGAUAUGAUGUUAUUAUUAUGAUGAUCACAACUAUGAUAUGAUGUUAUUAUUAUGAUGAUCACAACUAUG